CAAAAAAGCCUGGACUGGAACUGUGACACCAAUCUUGUGCAAUUUCACUGAAUUUUCAGCCACUCAGCAAUGGAGGGCAAGGUGAAGAAGACCAGAAGACGUCGCAUUCAGAAAUCCCUGUCGAAUAUCGAUGAACUAGUCAGUACUCGGUAUCUUCGGAAUGAGAUUUACAAACGCUUGGAAGGUACAAAUUGCGACAAGGAGCUCACUAAGGAAUUCUCAAGGAAGAAGAUAACAGAUUUUGAGGGAGUAGUGACGCAACUGGCUAAGAAUGUCCAGAAAAGUGUCCCUAAGAUUCUCCAUGAUCCAGUUUUGGAUUCAAUGGAUGCUUUUGCGAAGUUAGCGAGUGAGAGAGAUGGAAAGAAAGUCAGUAACUUUGAGCUGGCGAUUGUUCUCAAGGGACUCCAUGAGAUCUAUCCGCUUCCGGAGAUGCAGGAUCAGACGCCAUUGGACGUUAGGGCUCUGUAUCAGUUCCUGCACCAUUUGACCAUGGGACAGCCACCUGUAGCGCUUGGGGAGAGUUCAAUUCUGGUCCUGAGGGAGGCUUACAAUGAAUUGAUGCAGGAAGUGAACUCUGCGGCUUCUACGGAGAGAGUUAAGCAAUUGGAGGAGGUUUUGAGGAAUUCUCAACACUUGAGAUUGGGAGAAAAUGAAGAUAUGCAGUUGCAGAGUGUUCUUCAAAGUGAACCAAAUUUGACAGAUCGCAGCAUCAAUCUCUUCCAAAUUCCUCCGGAAGUGCUUUAUGGAGUGAAAGAAAAGUGAAAGAUUUUUAGGAUUUUUUCAUUAUUCUUAUUUCACUAUUAUAUAUAUAGAGUUUUACAUGUUGAAUUUACAGUGAUUAAACCUUAAAAUCGAACAAUGGAGACCGAAUAAUAUUAUUUUUUUCUUUAAUUAUUUCAACACUUUAAAAUGAUUUUACACAAUGUUUCUUCAUGACAAAAAUAUUUUUUUUUCUUCACACAUUCCUCAAGUAUUCUCAAGUUUUUUUUCAUUAGUUAAUAAUUUUAAUAAGACGCGUAAGUUUCCCUUAUUGAGAGGAUUUCUUUUUGUUGGUAUUCUUUUUGUUUGAUUUCCUACAAAUCUAGAAUUUUAUUAUGUUCAAAAAAUGUACAGUGUAUAAGAUAUUAAACUAGCUUAAAUGUAUUAUAAGAAGAGUUAUUACAAGAAUUAUACAAAUACGUUUCUUCUGUUUGAAUAAAACAUUUGGAUUUUUA